GUGAAAUUCUCAUUUUGCCGGGCUUUUGAUAAAAUCACGUCACGUUGCACUGCUUCAUAGCUUUUUUUAGGAUUUAUCAAUUCUUUUAAUGUGUUUUGUUUGACUUUACUGAAGCCAAUUAUGCCGAAAGUAAAUACAAUACUUAAUUAUUUCACAUCCCCGAAAACUAUCAAAAAGUUAGAAACGGCAAAGGAAGAACGAGAAAAAUCGCAAACUCCUAAGAGAGAUCUAAAGAACAAAGGAUUUGUUAAGAAUGGAAAAGAAAACCAGAAUACCGAUGAUAAGAAAAGAUCAUAUAAGAAAGAUACUGAGGAAGAAGAAGAUGAACCAAUAAAGCCUAAAAGACGGCGUCUUAUUAUUCCUGAUGUUGACUCUGAUGAAGAUUCUGGAGAUGAAUUCAAACCAGGUUCUGAAUCUGAAGAAUCUGAAUCAGUUUCUGAAGGAGAUACAGAACAAGAACCUUCAACAGAGGAGGAGACACCAGAGAAAAAAAGGAAGACAUCCAGUGUUAAAUUCAAGUCGAAGCAAGCAAAUUCUCGUAAUACAAAGGCAAACAAAAAAGAUUUGAAACAGCCUUCGCAACCAGUUCAAAGUCAAAUUAUAAGCAAUGGACUUAACACUGCACACACUUGGCCUCAUUUGAAAUUAGAUUUCUUGCGUCCAGAGAAAAUAAGAGACAUACAUAGAAGAAUGCCGAACGAUCCAGAUUAUGAUUCUAAGACACUCUACGUACCCACUGAGUUUUUAAUUAAUCAAACUCCUGCGAUGAGACAGUGGUGGGAAUUAAAAAGUAAGCACUUUGACUGUGUAUUUUUCUUUAAAAUCGGUAAGUUCUAUGAGUUGUAUCAUAUGGAUGCAGUUAUUGGUGUCAACGAGCUCAGUCUUACAUAUAUGCGGGGUGAAUUCGCGCAUUCUGGAUUUCCUGAAAUUGGAUAUGGUCGUUAUUCGGCGAGUUUAAUAGAGAGAGGAUAUAAAGUCGCACGAGUUGAACAAACUGAGAAUCCAGAAAUGAUGGCAGCGCGUUGUAGCAAAAUGACUAAACCGACAAAGUUCGAUAAAGUGGUGAAACGUGAAAUUUGUCAGGUCAGUACCAGGGGUACGAGAGUAUAUACGCCAUUGGACGUGGAAGCAUCUACGCCAAACUCCAAUUAUCUAUUAUCCUUGGUCGAAAAGUGCAAUUUCAAUUCAACGAUCAGCUCUUUUGGAGUAUGCUUUAUAGAUACAACGAUAGGUGAAUUUUAUCUCGGCCAAUUUGUCGAUGAUCGCUGCAACUCGAGACUAUUGACUCUAUUGGCUCAUCAUCCACCAAUUCAUGUGAUAUACGAACGCAGUAAUUUAUCGCAAAAGACUCUGCAACUUAUAAAUAACACUCUACCGGCAGUGCUAAAAGAGCCGCUUCAGCGCGAGGCACAAUUCUGGUCUGCUACUACUGUGCUGAAAAAACUUCAUGAAGGAAGUUACUUCAAAAAAGAGAAGGACUCGAGUUUUGCAUGGCCUGAGGGUCUGAAACCGUAUUUAAACGAAGGAGACAGCUUGGGUUUAACACCGGCAGAUAACAAAGAAUUAGCAGUACACGCACUUGGAGGAUGCGUGUGUUUGUUGAAGGAGUUCUUACUCGAACAACAAUUAUUAGCGCAAGGCUGCUUCAAUACAUACAUUCCGCCAGAUUUUUCAACCGCGAAUAGCCGUACAGGUCUUAAUUAUGCAAACAACAUGGUGAUAGAUGCCGUUACGAUAAAAAAUCUAAGGCUCUUCGGAGAAGGUUCACUCAUUAAUAUAUUGGACCAUUGUUGCACUGCAUUCGGCAAAAGAUUGCUGCGCGAAUGGGUUUGCAGACCAUCUUGUCGCAAAACCGUUAUUAUAGAGCGCCAAGAAGCUGUACAAGAGUUGCUGGAUCGAAUGGACGUGAUGCAGUCGGCUCGCAUAAUUUUAUCAACUCUGCCAGACCUCGAAAGACUUUUGAGCAAGAUACACGCUCAAGGAAAUGCUGCUAAAAUGAAAAAUCAUCCGGAAGGUAGAGCCAUAAUGUUUGAAGGGCCGACAUAUUCGAAGAGGGUGAUCGUAGAUUUCACUACGACACUCGCCAAAUUCGAAGAAGUGUUAAAAUUCAUCGAACUGUUUGAUGAUUUCAAAAGUAACCUGAUAACUCGCUACACCCAGUACGAACCGAACGGUGAUUUCCCUCGUUUAAGAGAGACAUUAGACUAUUUUAAGACCGCAUUCGAUCAUGAAGAAGCUAAGAAGCAAGGCUACAUCGUUCCAAAGAAAGGAGUUGACGCUGAAUAUGAUUCAGUUCUGACUGAGCUUGCAGACAUCAAAAAAGAUCUAGACAAAUACUUGGAAAAACAAAAGCAACAUUUCGGCGUAAAAAUAACGUUCCAUGGAACAGAUAGGAAACGUUAUCAAAUUGAGAUUCCCGAGUCGCAAGUUAAGAAAGUCGGUCCUGGAUACGAAUUACAGUCACAAAGGAAAGGCUUCAAACGUUAUUAUACCGCCGAGGCAAAGGAACUUUUGACAAGACAAAUGAAUGCCGAAGAGCAUAAGGACAAGGUGUUGAAAGAUCUUAACAGGCGAAUAUUCGCGCAGUUCAGUGAAAAAUACGAUAUGUGGCAUGCGGCCGUUUACAAAUUGGCCACCAUGGAUGUGCUCAUCUCCCUCGCGGAUUAUGCGCGGAACGGCGAUAUGUGUAUCCCGGAAAUUCAUGAUGGAUCCGAUGGCGAGAUAUUCAUCAAGAUAAAAGACGGACAACAUCCUUGCAUCGUGUCUGACAACUUUAUACCGAACGACACUUUAUUGGCAACCGACGGUACCGCCUCUUUCAUGAUUCUGACGGGACCGAACAUGGGAGGCAAAUCGACUCUUAUGCGCCAAAUGGGCCUAAUCACGAUCAUGGCGCAGAUAGGCAGCUACGUUCCAGCCAGCUCGUGCUGCAUGACGCUGGUGGACCGUAUUUUCACGCGGCUGGGCGCAAACGACGAUAUUUUGGCCGGCCAGAGUACGUUUUUGGUCGAGCUGAGUGAAACCGCUACAAUACUGCAACGCGCUACACCCUAUUCGCUGGUACUUCUCGACGAGUUGGGACGUGGCACGUCAACUUAUGAUGGUACGGCAAUAGCGGCUGCGGUCGUUGAUGCAUUGACCAAGCUUAAAUGUCGUACAUUAUUCUCAACGCAUUACCAUUCUCUAGUUGAAGAUUAUAAAACUAACGAAGAAGUCACGUUAGCUCAUAUGGCAUGUAUGGUGGAAACUGAAGAGGAAGAGGAAGUGUCGCAAGAGACCGUGACGUUUUUGUACAAGCUCAGCGAAGGGGCAUGUCCGAAAUCCUACGGAUUCAAUGCCGCUCGAUUGGCAGGCGUACCGUCUGUAAUCACAAAGAGAGCUCACGAGAUAGCUAGUAGGAUGGAGCAGGAAACUAAUCACAAGCACAUCUUUAAUGCUCUUUGCAAAGCCAACGGUGUCAGAAUGAGAAGUCUCAUUGCUACCAUUUAAUGUCUCGAAUAUAGUAUUACGGUAAAAAUACUCAUUAUAAUUAUCUUUGAAAAAAUUGUUUGGAAAAAAGCGUGAUUACUUUGCAAGGAUUUAUGAGUUGUACAAAAUGUUCUUAAGCGAUUAUCUAUCUAUGAAUAUGUAAAAACGGGCAUUAUAUGUACUUACCUUUUUCUUAUGUAUUUUCAAACAGGUAUCAAGCUGCGCUCCAAGUAACUUAUUGCAUUUUUAAUCUAUAUAAUAACAGUAUUUGCUCCAUAUAAGAAUUUAAUACAUAUUGUAAUGCUUUAUCCAUUGUUACACAUACACAUAUAUAAAAACAAAGCCAAAUCAUUACUUUUGUUUGAUUGCUUAAUGUAAUAUUCGCUUAAUGUACUAUAUAUUGAUAAUUCUUGUUUAGUAUGUACUUAAUUUUGUAAUUGCGUUACGUGUUUUUUACGUUGAUUUAUUUUCACAAUAAAAACUAUCACAAAUGUACAUUGCAGACGUACGAUUUAAAGUUGCUUCGAUUCUUUACGGCUACAAUUUGGGAAGGAACAAGGCGGCGGCGAUAUCUUGCUUACAAAAUUUUAUUAAUCAUUGCCAGAGUAUAAAAAGACUACUUAUGAUGAGUACGAAAAUGCAUUGUGUUACAAUGUUUACUCACACCAAACAACCGCGUAAGAAACUUUGCGUGGAAAAAAGAGAAACGCUAAUACAUGUGCACGAGCUCUUUACUACGAAAUAAAUACAUUAGAUUAUGCAGUAUGAUAGCUAUCGUAAGUGAAGAGAAGCGGGGCAACAGGCGGACGAUUUCGUCACCCGGUUGAAAAGAAGAUAAGUAUACAAUACCGAUAAAUAGAUAAAUAAUAAUAGUUUCGCGAAUAAAUCUGACAAGGGAACCGUCGGAGCUGUCCCUCAUCGAUUUUGAUGGGCUUUGGAUAUGUUGUAGAACAUAAAAACAUAUUACACUCAUAUUUUUUUUUAUCAGUGUAUCUCAAGGUUUAGGGAGUGAAAUAUCUUCUUGAAAAAUAUGGAUUUUAUCGUUUGUAGCAAAUAUCUUCAAAACUGUGCGAUAUAUAAAUAAAUGUUUAAUACAAAAGUUAUAUGGUAUUUUGUGCUCUAUA